CUAUUUCUGUCACGUAGAACGCAUAUAUUCGUUGCAUAUAGGUGUACUAAUAUCGGGACGCAAAUAAUUGAUAAACGGUGGCAAACAGGAACAAAAAAGAGUAGAAGUUUGAUGAUCCUUGAUUAUUGCAUCGAAAUUAUAUCAAAUCUACGGUGGUUUUGUUUGACAGUGACCGUGAUAAUUCAAGUGAUAGUGACAACAAUGUCCGUAAUUAUGGAUUGUUUUCGUCAGUAGCGGAUGUGUAAAAAUUUUCUUAGUCACUUUGUUUAGCUGACUUCUAAUAAACGAGUCUGAUUCCUUGUUUUCUCACAACUCUUGUGGCACAUUCGCCAGCGACUUUCAGUUUAGCGCGAGUUUUCGACCCUAAAAAAAAAAGAAAAGAAAAAAGAAGAACGGCGUCUUUUGUUUCUCAAGGGUAGUCUCGCCGUUUUGUCUGUUCUAUACGCCGUUUUCCCUCUCUUUAGCUUGCACGUCACUCGCACCAGCGACAAGAAAGCAACGCUGGUCAUAGCUGAAGUUUAAUCUGAGAACCGAUUGCUGAAAUCGGACUGCGUACAGACGGUAAAUUCGUCUCGAUAUCUUUAAUUAGAGAUCUGUGAUGUACAAGCUCAGCGUCGCGGGAAAAAUCAUUACGUCCACGAUUAAUUUCGUACACUCGAAGAGGAAAGGAAUUUUCAUAUAUAUAAGAAAGAUGUACAAAGACUCAAUAAGUCUUCGAUGUCCGAGAAGUUUUCUAAAUUUUCGAUUAUAUUGAACACCUUGACCGUCCGACUGAGAAACGAGGUCAAGUUUAGUCGAAAAACACAUUAAAGGUCAUCAGCUCCUAUGUAAUGGAGCAUUAAUGACAGGAGUGUUACACUAAGAGAUGCACAAAGGAUAUUCAGUACAGAGAGGCUGUUCUUACACAACGUAAAAGGAAACUGCUGCUUGUCGACAAGAUGAAAUUGCUGGAAAGUACACGUUUCGAAGCUAUAAACAGUGCCUUGUCCAUCAAGACUGGAGACAGCAAAAUAAUAGGCAGAAUAGAGAGUUACUCUUGCAAAAUGGCUGGAAAUGAUAAACAGUUGUAUAAACGUUUCAAUGCAGAGCAAGGUUUUACUCCACAUGAUCUUCAAGCUUUAUCACCACCACAAACAUCUUUAGGAACAUCACCUGCUCAAGGCCGCAGUGUUUCUGGUGAUGAAGAUGGUCCACUAUGUGAUACAAUCAGUAGAAAAACAUUAUUCUAUUUGAUUGCCACCUUGAAUUCAGCUUUCCAUCCAGAUUAUGAUUUUUCUGAUGCUAAGAGCCAUGAAUUCAGUAAAGAACCAAGCUUGCAAUGGGUCAUGAAUGCUGUAGAUAGUAAUUUGAGUGCAACCGCGGUUGAUCAUUAUCGUACUCUUCGAACGGCACUUUGGGCUGCCAUUGAUCAUGAAAUAUCUUUAAAUGAAUGUGAUAUUUAUAGUUACAAUCCAGAUUUUGCAUCUGAUCCAUUUGGAGAAGAUGGCUGCUUGUGGUCUUUUAAUUAUUUCUUCUAUAAUAAGAAAUUAAAACGCAUUGUGUUUUUCCCAUGCAGAGCAAUAAAUCCUCUCUACGUGUUAGAUUCUGGUGUUGGCAGUGAUUUUGCCAUGGAUGAAGAUGAAGACAGAUACUAAAUUCAUAAUACAUGUUUACAAACUUCAUCACUAUCUUUAUUUGUUCUGCCAUACAGAGGCAUGAAUGAACAUUAAAUUUCACCUAUUAUAGUA